AUGCAUCUCAGAUUGGACUUUUCAACCACCCACAUACUCAGAGGUGGUGACUACUCUACAGUCAGUACUACUUUCUUCCAACUUAUAUCUAUUGGAAUAACCAAUGCUGUCCCAUUGGAGAUGCUCCAUGAGUUUCUGAGCAAAGUCCAGUUUGACAAUACUGUGGGGGAACCAGUGUUUCUGGAUGAGAACCACAGGUCUACUGCAAAAUUUGAGAUUCUGAACUUUGUGAUCUCUCCCAAUGGAACUUGUGAGUUGGUGAAAGUCGGGGAGAUGGACUCCCAGGCACCCCUGACCAAGAUGUUGUCAUCAGCUCCACGUUCAUGGUGCAACAGGAGCUGUGGACCCGGAUUCAGAAAACGUGCCCAGCAAGGGGAGGCCGUCUGCUGUUAUUUUUGUGUCCGGUGCCCAGAGGGGGAGAUUUCCAACCAGACAGGAAGGUGUCAGUGUGUGAAAUGUGGUGAAGAUCAGUAUUCAAACAUGGAGAGACAUGGCUGCCUCCACAAAGCGGUGACUUUCCUGUCCCACAAGGAACCUUUGGGUCUGAUCCUGGUCUGCACAUCUCUCUCCUUCUCUCUCCUCACAGCCCUGGUUUUUGGGAUCUUCAUUAAGCACCGAGAUACCCCCAUAGUGCGAGCCAAUAACCGCAAUCUCAGCUACACCCUCCUCCUCUCCCUCAUGCUCUGCUUUCUCUGUGCUCUGACCUUCAUCGACCAACCCACUCCGGCUUCUUGCCUCCUUCGACAAAUGGCCUUUGGGGUCGUGUUCACCAUGGCUGUCUCCUCCAUCUUGGCCAAAACCUUCCCCGUGGUUCUGGCCUUCAGGGCCACGAGCUUGGGGAGCAGGGUCAGGAGGUGGGUGGGGCCCAGAGCCUCAACCUCAACAGUCCUGUCCUGUUCCCUGGUCCAAGUGACCAUCUGCAUGAUCUGGUUGGGCACUGCUCCCCCCUUCCUGGAGGUGGAUGUGCACUCUGAGCCCAGACUCAUCAUUGUUGAGUGUAACGAGGGCUCCGUGACUGCCUUCUACUGCCUUCUGGGCUACCUGGGCGUUCUGGCUCUGGUGAGCUUCACUGUGGCUUUCCUGGCCAGGAGGCUGCCCAACAGUUUCAACGAGGCCAAGUUCAUCACAUUUGGCAUGCUGGUGUUCUGCAGCGUCUGGGCCUCCUUCCUCCCCGCAUACCAGAGCACCAAGGGGAAAGCCAUGGUGGCCGUGGAGAUCUUCUCCAUCUUGGCCUCUGGUGCUGGACUUCUCAGCUGCAUCUUCUUCCCCAAGUGCUACGUGAUCCCGCUGCAGCCUAACAGGAACACCUGGGAGUGGUUGAAGAGGAAAUGA